CCUUCCAUGCCGGUGCAGUUCAGGUGGGUGUGUGCCUUGUUCAUUCAUAAAGUGUCAUACAGUGGAGGAUAUAUAAGCAGCAGCUGCAGCAGGUUAGUCAUUCAUCAGCUCUCAUAUUGUCAGUGACAGCAGCGCUGAGAUCGACCAGGUGCAGUCAUGACCCGUCCUGCCAGCGGAUUCCAACUCCUCGCGUUCCUCUUGUUACUGGGCACGAGCAGCUCAGCUGUUCACAACGACGCCACAGAGUCAGUCAGUACUCAGCUUGUCCACGACACGCAGGACGAGCCGGCGAGUGAAGCCACGAACCAAGCGAGGAACGGCGGGAGAGGACUGGCUGACGCUGCGCGUAAUGGCCCAGACCAGAGUCAGGUGGGCUGCAGGGAGCUGAGGUCCACAAAGUACAUCUCUGAUGGCCAGUGCACCAGCAUCAACCCCAUUAAGGAGCUGGUGUGUGCUGGGGAGUGUCUGCCAGCCCACCUGUUGCCCAACUGGAUCGGCAGUGGGAGUUACACAGGGAGGUAUUGGAGCCGCCGCGAGGUCCAGGAGUGGCGCUGUGUCAUUGACCGCACCCGGACCCAGCGGAUCCGGCUGCAGUGCCAGGACGGCAGCUUCAGGACCUACAAGAUAACUGUGGUGACCUCCUGCAAGUGCAAACGCUACUCCAGACAGCAGAAUGACUCAGGACACAAGGACACAACUGUCCACAGUGGCAAACAGAGGAAAAAUCAGAGGAAGGCUGGACUCCCUGAGGAGCAAGCUGGGAGGCAGUCUGACAACUAAAAUCCAUUUAGUCCUGCAGCUACACAGGGAGUCUUCUGACAGCCACUCAUGUCUCCAUUGUGACAUUUAUGGAGGAAUUAUCAGUGUGAAAAUAAUAACCAAAUAUAUAAGAAAAGCACCAGAUAAAAGUAAAAGUGAAAAGUGUAGAUUUGUUUCCAGGUUUAGAUUAUUGUGACACAGGAAACUGUCUUAUAUUAUUGUUAUUAUUAUUAUUAUUAUUAUUAUUAUUAUUAUUAUUAUUAUUAUUAUUACUGUGCACCCCACAACA